AAUUCAAUACCGGAAUAAAUGCACCCACACCCAGGAGAUCCAGCAUACCAAUUGUUGGUGGUUCCAUAGUUCCCAAUCAUCAAUAUGGUUCAAUCACCUGACAGCGCGCUUCGUGUCGCGAUCCGUACCGCGUCUGGACCAUGACAUAACCUACAUCGCGGUGAACUCAGUGGAGACUUCUACAGGAAACCCAUGAAAGAUAUCCAUAUAAUAGCGACUGCUGGGAAAUAAGCCCGAGCCUAUACACGAUCUGUUCGCCAUAAUGCCAGUUGAGGGCCAGCCCGCGCAGAAACGCAGGCGUUUGCCGUUCAAGCCCCCGCGUCCCCAGACAGCAGCAGCAGCCAGCGUCGUUCCAUCGUCAAGCACAGCCAAACCCAAGCAAACAAGCAAAACCAGCAAAAAAACGAGUGCCACAGCCUCCGCUUCAUCCUCAUCAAAACCAGCACGAAAAUCGAAACCUCCCAAACCGCGGUCCCCAACACCUGUAUCUGUCGCAUCAGGCCCUGGAUCACAGGCAGGCUCUGAUGCCGAGUCAGACAGUCGAAGCCGUGCAAGCUCGGUCUCAGAAGAACCGGAAUACAUCCUUGCAGAGAUCACGACGGCGCAGACCUCAGACGACGUGCUUUCGAGCGAGCCCACGAUCCCCUCCAAACUGCUCACAAGACUGCUGCACCAACACUUCCGGAACGAGAAGACCAAGAUCGCCAAGGACGCCAACGAGGUCGUCGCAAAAUACGUGGAUAUCUUCGUGAGGGAGGCGUUGGCAAGAGCUGCAUACGAGCGCACGGAGAGCCAGGCCUCGGCAACAGGCGCUACGAGGUCUGGCGGUGAUGGAUUCCUGGAGGUCGAGGAUCUUGAAAAAAUGGCCCCGCAGCUUGUCUUGGAUUUCUGAAUGGUGAUACCUAAUAUGAAGCCUUUUAUCCUUGAUGAUUAGUAAAGAUAUUCUUUCUCCUUUAAUUCCUGGUUUCCAUUCCAUUCUUUGCCCUUCUUGUUCAAUUAUAGUUAACUCUAGUAAGUUAUUCACCGGUGC